UGAUGGAGGGAGAUUCAGUCACUCUACACACUGAUGUUAAAACAAACCAACAACACAGAGUAACAUGGUAUUUUAAUGACACUCGCAUUGCUCAAAUCACUGGAAAUCAGAGUAAGAUCUGUAGAGAUGAUCAGUGUAAAGAGAGAUUCAGAGACCGACUGAAGCUGGAUCAUCAGACUGGAUCUCUGACCAUCAUGAACAUCAGAACUACAGAUGCUGGAGUUUAUCAACUACAAACCAUCAGCAGAAGAAUGAUUCAAAAGAUGUUCAGUGUUGCUGUUCAUGGUGUGUCUGGUGCAAAGACUGAUAAAAUGAAGACAAAAUCAGUGAAGGAGGGAAACUCUGUCACUUUAGACACUCAUGUAAUAAAAAACCCAAAUGAUGUGAUAAAGUGGCAGUUUAAUGACAAUACCAUCGCUGAAAUCACUGGAGAUCAGAGUAAGAUCUGUACAGAUGAUCAGUGUAAAGAGAGAAUCAGAGACAGACUGAAGCUGGACAAUCGGACUGGAUCUCUGACCAUCACAAACACCAGAACCACAGAUGCUGGAGUUUAUGAACUACAGAACAACAGCCACAUCCACCCUCACCACAGCAUCAUCAGUAUUAGAAGAUUCAGCAUUACUGUCACUGGUGCAUCUGGUGUUGAGACAGAUGGAGUCUCAGUGUCAGUGAUGGAGGGCGAUUUAGUCACUCUACACACUGAUGUUGAAAUGAACCAACAAGACCCAAUGAAAUGGUAUUUUAAUGACAUUCGUAUAGCUCAAAUAAUUGCAAAUCAGAAUAGGACCUGUACAGACGUUCAGUGUAAUGAAGGCACUGAGAGAUUCAGAGACAGACUGAAGCUGGAUCAUCAUACGGGGGAUCUCACUAUCACAAACAUCACAACCACAGACUCUGGAGAUUAUAAACUACAGACCAUCAGGAGAAAAAUCAUUCAAAAGAUCUUCCAUGUUGUUGUUCAUGGUGCAUCUGGUCUUGAUACAGACAGAGUGUUUUUGAUGGAGGGAGAAUCAGUCACUCUACACACUGGUGUUAAAACAAACCAACAAGAGAGAAUCAGAUGGUAUUUCAAUGACACUCGCAUCGCUCAAAUCACUGGAGAUCCCAGUAAGACCUGCACAGAUGUUCAGUGUAAUGAAGGCACUGAGAGAUUCAGAGACAGACUGAAGCUGGAUCAUCAGACUGGAUCUCUGACCAUCAUGAACAUCAGCACCACAGACUCUGGACUUUAUAAACUACUGAUGAGCAGCAGCAACAACGACAGAGAAAAUAGCUUUAGUGUUAUUGUACAUGAUGUUCCUGCUGCUGAACGAGAUAAAAUGAAGAGAAAGUCAGUGAAGGAGGGAGAAUCUGCUGUUCCAGAUUCAGGUCUGUCUUCAGCUGCUGUAGCAGGAAUAUGUGCUGCUGUUCUGCUGCUGGUGACUGUUGUAGCUGCUGCUGGUGGGAUUUACUAUCGCCGCAGGAGCUCCAGAAAUGCAAUAAGGAAGAAUAAAAACAAUGAAGGACUAUUGUGCAAAGAUGAGAAGGAGAAAGACUAUCCCAAAAGUGUCAUUAUAAAAUGAGAAAAAAUGUGCUGCUGAAGCAAUCUUCACUGUAAAACUUAUAUACUUAUAUAUAUACAAUACUUUAAGAUUUGUUUUA